AUGUGUAAAACUAAGUGGUCAAAUAUAAGAGACCAGUAUAGAAAAGUCCUCAAUAAAAAAAAGACUUCAAGUGGUCAAGCUUCAAAAAAAAAUAUGAAAUAUAAAUAUGAAGAUCAAUUUAGUUUUUUAAAGCCGUAUUUCCAAGAAAGACCAACAACUACAAACAUUGAAAGUCACAGUAGUUCAGAAGAGGACGAUGACUAUGAAGCACUAGAAAACGUUAGACCUCAUAGUAUAAGUAGUAACUCGGAGAAACAAACUGUUAAUGAUACCGCAGGUAAUUCAAUAGUGCAUCUUUCCAUGCAAAUAGAACCACAACUAUGUAUUCAACGUGGAUCUUCUCGAAUUGGCGUGGGUGGUAUCAGGAAAAAAAGACCAAGAAACAACCUCAUCGACGUUGAUGAGGUAUAUUUUAGAAAAUAA